UGGCCAAGUUGGCUAGAAGCCCUGAACCCCAACAACCGGGGACUCUGAUCUAAGUCGCGAUGAAGAACCUCACCUCUCGAACCAUCUUCCUGUGUACCUCAUCUUCUUAUACUAUUCCAUGUCCGUAUUUCUUCUCUCAUCACUGUCUGUUCUCCUAUUCGAGCAGCACCGAAGAAUCUUCAAAGAGGAGAGGAGGAACCUCCCAAAAUUCGUCUUCUUCUUCAUGGCGACAUCACGACGAUGAGAGCCGGAAUGUAAAGGUGUCGGUCUGGUGGGACUUCGAGAACUGUUCUGUACCUUAUGGGACUAACGUAUUCAGAGUGACCCAGAGAAUUACAUCUGCCCUAAGAACUAAUGGGAUGAAGGGACCCAUUACUAUCACCGCCUUCGGGGAUGUGAUGCAGCUCUCGAGAUCGAAUCAAGAGGCUCUCUCUUCCACUGGGGUCUGUCUUAACCACAUUCCUCACGGUGGGAAGAACAGUGCCGAUAGGUCUCUGCUGAUUGAUCUCGUGUAUUGGGUGUCUCAAAAUCCUCCACCUGCACACCUCUUUUUAAUUUCAGGGGACCGGGACUUCGCAAAUGUUUUACACCGGAUGAGAAUGAAUAAUUAUAACAUACUGCUUGCAAGUACAGACUCUGCACCUGGAGUCCUUUGUAGUGCUGCCAGUAUCAUGUGGCAAUGGAAUGCUCUUGUUAAAGGAGAGAGCCAAACUGCUAAGCAUUUUAACCAACCUCCAGAUGGUCCCUAUGGUUCUUGGUACGGCUACCAUAAAGGGCCACUGGAUGACCCCUUCUUGGAGAUGGAACAACCUGCCUGUUCACAUCCUGAGGAUUUGCCAGAAGCUGGAUUAGAUUCCAAGCCUCGCCCAGUCCCCAAGGCUUUUCUGCGUCAGAUUCGUCAAAUUUUGAACCUGUACCCAAAAGGAAUACCCAUUACAACUCUUCGUGCAGAGCUGGCAAAAAGUAAUGUCACCAUGGAUAAAGACUUAUUUGGACACAAAAAGUUUUCUCGCUUGCUUUUAUCUAUGCCAUCUGUUUUGAAGCUUCAGCCUGGGGGUGAUGGCCAGAUGCUAUGUAUCCUCGCAAACAGUGCUGAACCAGUUGAGUCCAAUUCAAAAUUAUCUACAGGGCCAGAAACUAAUGACGGAGAUGGGGACCAAGCUGCAAUUGUAGAGCAAAAUGGUGAGGACAGUGCCAAAACUGCAUAUGUGAAUGAGAAAUCAUUGUCAUCACCACCAGCACCUCCACUAAAAGUUGAAGAGCCUCCUCCACUUGCCCAGAAAGAGAUUAAUGAGCCUGUGACUGUGGGCCAUCCUCCUGCUAAUGUGGAGAAGCAGGAUUCAACAUCUGAAAUAGGCUUUUUCCAUAGAAUCUGGAGGACCUGGUUCAGUUAUAAAAGUGGGGUUUCUAAUGAGAAAGGAGAUAGCAUUCCAGAGAAAUGUGGUACAACUGAUUUCUCUAAGAAGACAAAAUCUGAGCAAAAAUCCUUUGGAUCAGUUAAUGGUCCCACUCCAUCCAAAUCUUCUAAUGAGAAAAGGGAUAGCAUUCGAGAGAAAUGUGGUACAACUGAUUGCCCUAAAAAGGCAAAAUCGGAGGAAAAAUCUUCUGGAUCAGUUACUUGUUCCACGUCAUCAUCGUCAUCAUUAUUAAAUGCAACUCAAACAGUUCAGGAUGAGAAUGUAGCCAAGGACUCUGAAGGAAGUGAUGAGAAAUCAGGCUCAAGUGAAGGGCUGUUUAGAAAAAUUGUGAACUGGUGUGGAUUUUGGAGAAUUAGCAGAAUUCCUGACAAUGAUGACAAUGGACAAUGUCAUAAGGAGCUGAACAAACAUAACGAAUUAUUCUCCAGAGACUUUUUCUGGACUGAGAUGGAUUUAUUUAUACAUACUCCUAAAGGUUCAAUCCUUGUUUCUCAAUCAAAGACCAGGGAACAGAUGGGACAAAAGCUACAAAAGGAAGGGCCCAUAGUUCUUAAUAAUCUGAUUGAAAGUGAUCUCCUUCACUUGGUGGAUUUGUUAAUCUCUGAGAAGAAAUGGGUGGAAGAAUGCCCCUCGCAAACUUUUCCAUUUAAACCCAUUCAUCAUGCUAGAACAGGGUCCUCUAAUCUUCCAGGUUCAACCGGGUUGAGUUCUAUCUUUUCUGCUAAGCUGUCUCAGUCUGAGUCAAAAUUGCGAGGCCUCCCAGAACAUGGGGUGGAAAAGAAGGACCGAAGUCAGUUUCAACCUGCAGCAUGUUCAACUGAAAGCAACAAGAGACCUUCUGGAACUGGGAAGGCCAGACAUGAGAUCCUAGCUGAUUGCAAGAAGCUUGUGACUGAGAUCUUAGAGGAAUACCCAGAGGGAUUCAAUAUGGGAUCCUUCAAAAGGUUGUUUGUGGAGAGGUAUGGUUAUGUUCUUGAUUAUCAAAUGCUUGGUUACUCAAAAUUGGCUCCCUUGCUACAGACAAUGCCAGAGGUGAAGAUAGAGUAUACUUAUAUCCUACCUGCCAAAAAAGCAUCAGGGUAUCAGGGCUCAGACAUUGCACCCCCUUUUUCCUAUAGCGUAGAAAAUCAUGGUAUUGGAAAGUUGAGCAACUCAGAUGGUGAAUUAUCUGAUUCAGCAAGGAAAGAAAAUCAUCGUGACUCUUUGUGGGAGGAGCUUGGACAAAUAACUGGAACAAGUUCUUACAGAUAUGACUCAGGAUUAAAGCUCAAUGGGGAAGCAAAAAUAGAAAUGAAGGGACAAAUGGAUUUUGAUGAUGAUUGUUUAUCAGAGGACAAGCUUUCAGAUUCUGGAGAGAAUGUGAAGUUAGAUCGAACAGAAGGGCUAGAUAAAUCCAGAUGUGAAGAAGAUAGUUCUCUACUACAGAUUCUUGACUCAUGGUAUAGCAGUAAGGAUGAUAGUGGUAGCAAUGGUCAAUCACAGAAGGUUGAGGAGGUUAUGGAUUCUUCCAGAAUUGGUUCGAAGUCUUCAAGUUCAUCUCGGGCUGAGACGAAGAGCAAAUCCUCUGUGGCGAACAGUGGGCACAAAAUAAAGCCGAUGAAGAAAAUUUCUUUUGUUUCAGAUCCAGUUGGUGAUGACAAGGAAAAACUAAUUGAUAACAUACUUGGUAGCUUGAAAAAGUCAGCUGAGACGAAAAUGGAGAGUUGAGGGUUGAAUGUUCUGGAAGGAAGAAUAAAUAAAUUGUUACUGUUUCCUCGACUCGACAAUUCGAAAUUAAAGGGCAAUAGGUUACCCAUCAGUUUAGUACUUUGAUCAGAGGAAGAAUGAUGAUAGGAGUUUCCAAUCUUAUUGUGAACUUGGAAACUCAACUGAGUCUUGUUGCAGCUAGAUGGGUUGAAUCCAUGAAUCUUGUUUUGCCAUUCAACCUUACUAGUUUACCAUUUGAUUAUUUUCCCCUCAGAGGUGGUUCCACAGCAUAGAUCAUAGGAUGAAUUUGCAAAUUCAAAAUUUUUAGCUUAAAUGUACCAUAGGGCCUGUUAUGGUUGUCAUAUUGAUUUAUCACAUGAGUUUUUUGUAUUUCUUCCCCCACCCCCACCCCAAAAAAAAAAAUUGUAAUUGAAUGAAACAGUAAACAGGGUGGUGAGUUCCCCUCAGCAAAGUUGGUUCAAUGGUCGGCUCUGCUUCUGGCUA